AUGGGAGAGAAAAUCAACGUCACACACUUAGAACUUGAUGUAACCGGUCUCCCGUCGCUCCUCGCGGAUGACUCCAUUUUUCUCAUGGACAACUCCUCUUUUUUAUAUGGAGAAGGUGUCAACUUUUCCGACUACCAUGACUUCAUGUCCAAAUUCGACACAGUUCGUUUCGGACUGGAUCUGCGAGGCUUUCUGAUUACUCUGUACGCAGUUACUACUUUGCUAGCUCUGAUCGGUAACCUGAUUGUUGUGGUUACCCUAGCUUCUGGAACCUCGUUCUGGAAACUUCGCCAUUUCCUCAUUAACUUAGCGGUCUCAGACCUCCUCAUCUCAAUGUUCUGCCUGCCUUUUACAUCUACCGAAGUUAUCUUUGGCAAGUGGCAUUUUGGAGAAUUCAUGUGUCCCUUCGUUUCUUUCAUGCAAUAUCUUGCCGUGAGUGUUUGUGCGUUUACUAACGUCGCUAUCGGCCUGGACAGAUACUGGGCCGUUGUCCGCCCCAUGCUGGCCCGUUUGCCCACUGGUCGUGUACGGUUGGUCAUCACUAUCGUUUGGCUCUUGGGCUUCGCCGUGUCCGCUCCUCAACUCGUGGUUAGUCGACAAGUGUUCAAGUACCCGACGGGUAACCAGUGUGUGGAUAGCUGGGCCAGUGACGGCCAGAGAAGGAUAUACCUGGGAGCUGUGCUCACCAUCACCUACCUAAUUCCUUUCUUCAUCCUGACUCUAACUUACUGCACGGUAGGGCUCAGGCUUUGGGAGCGCACUCACCCAGGAGAGGCCUACACUAUUAGAGACCAGCGACAAAGGGAAUCCAAGAAAAAAGUUAUAAAGAUGCUGCUGACGAUCGUAAUUGCCUUUGGACUCUGCUGGCUUCCAUUACACUUGUUCCACAUCUUGAUAGAAGCCAGGCCCGAUCUUUAUGACGGUGUGUCUGAAGAGCAAGAGAACGCAUUCCUCAGCAGUUUUAUCGCCUGUCAUUGGCUAUCCAUGGCUCAUUCCUGUGUUAAUCCCAUUAUUUAUGGCUUCCUGCACGAAAAGUUUCGGAAAGAUGUACGCGUUAUGCUGAUGACAUGUUUCCGGUGUGGCUGGCGCGUGCGAUCGUCGAACACGAGCAUGUCUAGAGGUUUCCAGGUCCCCACAGACACGCAUGACACAACAGACCGAGGGUCACCGUUCCGGUCCAGGAGAAUCAGGAGCUCCUCCACUAACUCCAGUAAUAGGAGUCGGACUGGAAACUUUUCCCUUGGGUGUGGACUUCGACGUCAGGAUACUGUGGAGGAUUACCAGGGCAGUCUGCCUCACCAUCCUCCCGCGGAUCAAGAUGGCCCCCAUACUUCCAUCACGUGCCGCUGUUCCAACCACUGCCACUGCAGAGUGACUUCCGUCUGA